AUGUCGCUCCCCACAAAGUUCAUGAGACUUGCAAGUCCCAAUGAAUGCCGUACAAUUAGUCGCGAAGAUGUCGGCUUCUACAACGCGCUCGUCAUAGGAGCAAUCUAUGAAAUUGCGAGUGAAAAUAUAGAUGUUCACUCCGCUCAGUCAUUUAUUGCACCUUUGAGACACUGCAUCGAGAACUUCCCAUACCUAAGCGUGGUCAUCAAGGCGAAGGAGACGGACAAGCCAACAUACGAAGCGGUUUCUAGUAUUGAUCUGCACGAUCACUUGUCUAUAAUUCACGAAGACGAAGCCAGAACUAAUGGCGAUACGGCAACAAUUCAAAAGAUCUUACCAGCCAUCCUUGACCGCCCAUGGCCUGCUGAUAUCCCACCUUGGCGAAUCGUGGUCCUCCCUUUGGUAUCGCCGCAAGACACAGUGACGCGAUGCUUUAUCGCCUUUGCCUUCUCCCAUGCUCUCGGGGACGGCAUGGUCGGGGUUGCAUUCCAUCGUACCUUUCUCGAUGUAUGGCGCCAGACUACUGGCAAGGAGGAGAAAGCCUCUUUCUUAGUGACUCCGCCAAGUCAAACGCUUCCGGCACCCUUUGACACACCCGAAAGGCUUCCUAUAUCUUGGAAAUUUCUUCUCGAGCCAUUGAUUGCAGUUUUCUUGCCGAAGUUUGUGGCCAACUUUCUUGGGCUCCGCGCAUCUGCCAGCACGCUAGAUGCCGGUACUUGGAUUGGGUCACCCAUGUUCUUCGAUCCGGCAGCCGCUCUCCAGAGCAGAGUAAGACUCCUCGAGAUUGAGGCUCCGCUAGUCCAAAAGGCCCUACAGUCUUCAAGAAGUCAUGACACCAAGCUCACGGCAACGAUGCACCAGAUGAUCGUCCGGGCGCUAAGCAGGGCCAUUCCUAGCCCUGACGUAACCAAUUUUGUCUCGGGGACGCCGGUUGACAUGCGAGCGUCUAUUGGGACGCCUGGUCUCACAUGGGGUCUUUUCGUGUCUGCCUAUUACGAGGCACAUCCACGGGCACCGAAUGUGACGGAGCCUCAUUUUUCCGAGGAGAUGUGGGCAGCCGCGAGCUCGAUGACGAAAAAUCUCGCUGCGUGCGGUGCGAGACUGCAAGAUCAAGCAAUCGGCCUAUUGAGAUACGUUCCCAGCAUCAGACAUUGGACAUUGAGUAAACUUGGACAGCAGCGGGACUCCUCGUACGAGCUGAGCAAUUUGCUUGCCUUCGAUAACUCGAGUGACGGGUCAGUCCAAAAGUGCAAGGUCGUCAAGAUGGUGUUCUCGCAGCCUGGAAAUGUUACUAGUGCCCCGCUUGUUUUCAACAUCAUCAGUGUCAAAGGGGGUAGCUUGAUGUGCACGGUGAGUUGGCAAGCUGGAGCCUUAGGUGUGCCAGUAGAGGAGGAAAUGUCACUGGUUGACCAUAUAUGUUCGUCAAUCCAAGCGGACUUUGAAGCUUUGAGGGAUUGA